CGAGAUUUUACAUUUUAAAAUAUCCUCCGUAUUCAUUUCGUCAUCGAGCCCUCCAAAGUUUCGCAAUUAAGGAAACGGCGUGGAAUUGACUCCUUGCGCUGAAUUUUGUUGGCGGUGUUCCCGUCCGGGUGAACGACGAGAGCAUUGCCGGCGGCGGCGACGAUCGACAAUGAUUCAGAGCCUCGUAUAUUUCCUGUCGGAGCACCCUUCGAUUCUCACCUUCCGUUGGAGCCACAGCAAAUUGUGGGCCAGCACGUGGUCGUUCGUGUUCGCCGCAAUCGCCGCCUAUGUCGCCUCCUCUCUCCUCCUCCACCUCCUUCUCCUCCUCCUCUUCCGCCACCGCCGCCCCCUGCCUCUGGGUCCGAUCCCCGCCCUCCACUCCCUCGCGAUGGCGCUAAUCUCCCUCACAAUCUUCGCCGGGAUCCUCCUCUCAGCCGCCGCAGAGAUCCGCGACACCAGGUGGUUCUGGCGCCGCUCCAAGACCACGCCCUUCCAGUGGCUCCUCUGUUUCCCCAUAGGCACGCGCGCCUCCGGGCGCGUGUUCUUCUGGUCGUACGUCUUCUACCUGUCCAGAUUCCUCCACACCGUCCGGACAUCAUUCACCAUUCUCCGGCGCCGGAAGCUCUCCGCAUUCCAGAUCUUCAACCACUCGAUUCUCAUAUUCAUGUCCUUCCUGUGGCUGGAAUUCUCCCAGUCCUUCCAAAUCCUCGCGAUUCUGCUCACCACAUCGAUCUACUCCGUCGUGUACGGCUACAGAUUCUGGACGGCGAUUGGGCUCCCGAGCGCGUGCUUCCCGUUCGUGGUAAUUUGCCAGGUGGUCCUCCUCGGCUGCAACCUGCUCUGCCACGUCGGAGUUCUGUUGCUUCAUUUCUUGAAAGGCGGCUGCAAUGGAAUCGGGGCAUGGGUUUUCAAUUCCGUCCUCAACGCCGCCAUUCUGCUGCUGUUCCUCAAUUUCUACGUCAAGAUGCACCUCCCCGAGAGAAAGAGAAACGUCGCCGGAAAAAAUGACUUCCCGGCAGUCGAACAAUCUAGAAUGUUUGACUCGGUCUUCCAACCCAAGACAAAGAUUAAGGAAUAAGGCCGGUUUCACUAGCUAGCUAAGCUGUACCUUGUUGCCUUGGACAAUCUGUAUUUGAUGUUGUCUUUGCCUCGAUCAAUUGCUCUGGGAUUGGAUUAUUGUAAUAAUAAAAAUCCCAUUCAUACAUUUUCUGGAUUGGAUUAUUUAUUUACUCUAUUUACGUAGUUUAUUAGGUUUGUAUAUAAAUACUUUUGUAUAUAUUCGUAUUAUUUAGUAAUUGAAGAUUAAGAUCAGACUUGAGUAAUAAUAAAGUUAGAUGAUCAUGGAAAUUAUUUGAGUAAGUUUACUUGAGGGAACACAAAUGUAUAAUAUAAUAAUGGCUUUGCUACCUAGUAAGGAAC